CUGUUUUCGCAAGAGCGGGCUCUCGCUGACGCUCUCUGUCAACGGCGCAUACGCUACUUGCAGUACUUGCUUAUAUUUUAUUUUGAAAUUAUUGGCUCAUAAUUUGAAUAACUUAUAGAAUAGAAUGCGAAGAUAAUGUGUUUUUGUGAUUAGUUUAUUGCAAUUUUCUUUUUUUUUUGCUUUAACGAUCUUGAUGAAAUGCCCCUUUACUUAAACUGUUUGUAAGCAUGGCGCCUGUACACCCUCAUUGUACUUUUUUUCUUUACUUAUUGGUUCCAAUACAGCAUGCCAUGUAUUCAAGCUCCUACACUUAUGUCCCACAUCGAUGCGAAUUGCGAAUGAACCAAAUAUUUGUAUUUACCGCGAUAAAGAUAGUUCCCGUUUUCUCCGCCUAAUCGAAUUUUACAUGCAUUUUGUGGAGCUACUUGUGGCUUAACAACUAAUUACACAAGGCGAUUACCUCCAUCAGGCAUUUUUAAAGAUGGUAGGUUAUCUAUUAUAGAUGAGACUGUUGUUCGAUAAAACAAGAAUUUAGAUAUUUUUGUUCAUUAAAUUAUUAAAAUUUGAUUGAAUAGAAUAUAAAUUUUUCAUCAGAAAACGAUCUUUGUUGUAUAGGUAUAAUGUUCGAAACGCAGAGCUUUUUCCUUACGUAUGCCUUGCUGAAUAAUAUCAUUAUUAUAUGCUUAUAUAAAUAGAGAAAAGCAGACGACAAGCGGAAACUAAACAUAACAAAAUAAAAUUGAGAUAAUCGAGAUGAUUAAUUGGCCAGUUGAACUAUGCGCUGAAUGAGUGCCAUAGUGGCACCGAAGCGCACACUGGAAAUUUUUCUCUCUCUUUCUUAGUCUUCUGUUCGACCACUUGCGCGAGUUGCGAGUUCGGUAAUACUUAUAAGUAUCAGUGGACUUUGGCACGAUAAGCAGAGAGCGAUUAUCGCCGUGAAACCUUUUUGAGUCAACUAGUUGCUUUUUGCCUGAUUAAAAAAUGGCCCGUGUUCUCGUUGGAGUGAAAAGAGUCAUUGAUUAUGCCGUUAAAAUACGAGUCAAGCCAGAUAAAUCUGGAGUCAUCACAGAUGGAGUUAAACACUCCAUGAACCCAUUUGAUGAGAUUGCAAUUGAAGAGGCAGUACGCAUGAAGGAGAAAAAGUUGGCACAAGAAGUCAUUGCAGUCAGCUGUGGUCCUGCUCAAGCUCAGGAGACGCUUAGAACUGCUCUUGCAAUGGGUGCCGACAAGGGUAUUCAUGUAGAAAUUUCAGGUCCCGAGUAUGAAACUCUCCAGCCGAUUCAUGUAUCAAAGAUCUUGGCUAAACUGGCACAAGAUGAAAAAGCAGAUUUGGUAAUAGUAGGAAAGCAGGCUAUUGAUGAUGAUUGCAACCAAACGGCUCAGAUGACUGGUGGAGUUCUAGGCUGGCCUACUGCCACAUUCUGUAGCAAGAUCGAACAUGGCAAGGGAGAAAUGACUGUUACUAGAGAAAUUGAUGGUGGUUUAGAAGUUAUCAAAGUCAAAACUCCUGCUGUGCUUAGCGCUGAUUUGCGUUUGAACGAGCCUAGAUAUGCAACCUUACCAAAUAUCAUGAAAGCAAAAAAGAAACCUGUGAAGAAAGUUUCACCCAAAGAUUUAGGUGUGGACAUUGCAUCCAGAAUUGAAGUUAUUUCGGUAGAAGAUCCACCGGUUCGUCAAGCUGGUUCUAUUCUUCCUGAUGUUGACACCUUAGUUGCUAAAUUAAAAGAGGGAGGUCAUUGUUAAUCAGAAUAUGGAUAAUUUGGGUAGAACUAAUCGUUAUGCUUUAUUAAAGCGUCUCAUUAAAGAGCAACAACUUUGUACAUUUUUGAGAUUUUUUAAUAAGUAUCAAUUAUAUUCUUAUAGGUAGAAAAUUUGUACCAUAUGUGUAUAUGUAUAUAUAAUAAUAAUAUACAUAUAUAUGUGUGUGCGUUUGUAAAACUACAGUGUUUUUGAUAAAUUGUUAAUAUUUUUCAAUAAAAUAACUUUCAUACAAAUAAAA